AUGUUGGGGGCUUCCACCAUCCCUCCUCCCUCCGUGGCGUCGCCUACCAGUGACCGUCACACGGCGGCGCAGUCAGGGUCACUGCCUGGGCCAAGGGCCAACAGAACACCACUACCUACAGGAGCACAUGUUCGCGCCCUGAGUACCGCCAUCACUGAUAUCCCCCCCUUCGGAACAUCCUCUUCCGAACAACCAACGGCCACUCCUUCACCCUGA